UCGACGCACGUUGUGACUCACUUUCAUGAACUUACGCUUUUUGUUUGGGAUAUUAUAUUACGUAUAAUAUUUACGAUACAAAUUUGAAGAUACGAGUGACUUUAUAGUUUUACUAUUGUUGUGUUUAUGCUUUUCGGGGGAUCUUUAAUGAUGUGAAAGUGAUCUCUUUUGUGGGAUCACACGAUAUUACCUAUGAAGCGUAAAUUAUGUGCGACCCCAACAUUUACUUGUGACGACGAUAUGGAGCAAUUGAAUGUGGCAGCUCUGUCACACCGCAAAGAAUCAGGAGCGCCGUUAACAACAGAUAGAGACGGCACUAUCUUCCGUCACGCUCUCACCUACCCGCUCGCUUUGGUACUGCGGCUUCGAGUAUUACAGAUCGUAUGUGGCAUAUCAACUAUGGUGAUGGGCAGCGUGGCGUUUAUAGAAGAGAGACAGAAAUUCAACAUGGGUCUAGGUAUUCCUGCUGGAAGUCUCAGUGUAUUAGCCGCCGCUGUUUCAAUACAUACAUCUCGCGGUUGGGGAGUCACUAAUGGAGCUGGCGCGGGAGCUGCGGUAGCAUUGCUGUGGGCCGCUUCAGGAUGCCUUCUGAUUGCUUUGAUAGUCCAAUGCUUUAGGACGAUACUGGAGCCACCAGGAUUUGAUCACGGAGACGGCUCAGAAGAGGACUCGAAGCCAUCCUCACGCGAUUUAAUUGUAAUCGCUUGCGUACAAAUAGUUUUAGCAGCAGCUACACUUUUUAGCGCAGUGGUAUGCGCUAGAAUCGACUACAAUGCAUGACGCGAACCAACGGGCGCACUUACGCGACGUCGCAUAAGCGAAGCGCCCGCUCCCGUUCUCGCCACCGCUCCUAACGUACAGCCACCCGAAAACGUAGAACGCGAAAAGGAAGGGCGCGUCGCAUGGCUUAUAUAAACUUUUAUUAUACCAUUAUUCAUCGUAUAUUUUAUGGUUUUAUUAGGUUGUGCUCGACGCGCAGUUGAUGUGGGAUUCAAAACUUUCGUCAUAUCGUUGAAGACUGUUAACUAUGAUGAUUAUUACUACUGUCUUGGUGUAAACUUAUUACAAACACUCUAUGUCACAAAUCUUAAUAGCAAAGUUAAAUAAUAUAAAAUAUUAGAAAGUCGAAUAGAACUUACCAGAUUA